AUGCCUUUCCGCUGGUACUGCACCACUCCCGAACCAGCGCUCUCAACCUGCUGCAACGAGCUAGGCGGCCACCUGACCGGGGACCAGUGCAUCUUCACCUCUCUCCGACACCGCAUCGACGACCUUUUCCUCGAAUGCGUCACAGAGGGCACUGCCAUCUGUCUUGACGAACCCUUCCAGUCUGCGAAAGGCUCGCUCGGCGCCCUCGGCACUCUCUUCGACGAACAUCUGUAUCCCUCGUCUACCUCCGCAGCGAGAACUACUUCCAACGCCGCACCGCAAGUUUCCAGCCCCCCGCCUUCCCCGGCCGCGCCUGCACCCGCCGCUGCUCCUGCCUCCGCGCACUCCGAGUCCCACUCCGACUCUGACUCAGGCUCCGGUGGCAGCUCGAACAAUCAACAGCCUGCCAGUCAGGCUCCCAGCCCCGCUGCCCCGAGCCAGCCAGCUCCCAGUCAAGUGGAGCCCAGUCAGGCUCCUGCCCCAGCCGAGAGUCAAGCGGGCAGUGAUUCGGGGGAGUCACCGAACGCCGCACCCGCCUCUGACGGCCCUGCGGCCGCGUCCAACAGCGCAGCAUCAUCCAACGCACCGGCGGACGGAGGCUCCGCCUCCCAAGAGACCGUCGCUGUCACCGGCGGGUCUUCUGCGGUUGCAGCCCCCCCAUCCGGGUCUUCCUCCGGCCAGCUCCGGACCUCCGCCAGCGCUCGCCAGUCCACUUCUGGCAGCCAGUCUGCACCUGGCACCUCCUCCAGUGGCAGCAACACUCCCGCCUCCACUACGUCCAGCAGACCCGUGGUCAUUGUUACCAGGACCAAUGCCGCUGGUGCUGUCACCGUCUCGGCCACCGAUGGUGAGGUGGCAUCUGGUGCAUGUGUCCGCCGUGUGAGCAUCUUCGCACUCGUCGGCGCAGCUGCUGCAGCCUACUUCACCCAAUGA